AUGAUAUUUAAAAAUCUAUCAAAACUUUCACCUAUUUCCAUUAGUAACCAAAUCAACAACAACCAUUCUGGUUAUAAAUAUACCAGAGGAGUGUCGUCAAACGAUUCUUUCAAUUCAGUUGCAUGUAGUGGUGGUAUCUGUGGGAAUGGAGGUGAUGCUGGUGGAAAUGGAGGAAAUGGAGGAAACGGUGGUAGCGGUGGAAACGGUGGAUGGUGUUCUAAUAAUAAUAAUAAUAAUAAUGGUCAACUUUCAAAGAUACUGGUUGUACAAAUCAAUGCAACCUAUAUAGUUGUAUCUUCUUUUCCGAACAAUGAUUGCUCUGGUUCGACACUUGCAGUCUCUGUCGUGUCAGUAGUCAACGGUCAAUGUUAUACAAGUGGUUUGGGAAAAUCGUACAAGUACACUCUCGAUUCAGGUGCAGUAACCGUUUCAAACUACCUCGACGAUGCAUGUUCAGUGCCUCUUGGAACCACUAUCAACUCUGAGCCACUAGGAACAUGUCUGUCUGUACCUCUCUCCCCAGGAAUCAAUCGUUAUUAUAGAUUCCAGACAUCAGAGUUUCCAUUAUCUCCACUUCCUUAUUUCUUAUUCUACGAGAAACAUAUCACAACCUCGAAUUGUGGAGAUACUACAAAUGCUGGUAGAGUCCUGAUUGGUGUGUCAGAAACGUGUGUGCGUUCAGAAGCAUUUGAUACCUUGAUUACGAAUAUCUCGCCACAGGCAGGUGGUGGCGGACUCAACUUUAAUUACGCCACGUCUACUACUUGUGGUCAAGGUACGGCUACCCUUCAUGGUGUGGACUGUCCUCAAUUGGGAUCGGUACCCGAUAAUAUUGCAUACGCAUCGGUUGUUCCAAGCCCCUAUGGAUUAGUUUUUAAAAAUGGUACUACUUUGACUCUGACCACAAUCACCAUUCCAGGCUUUUCCAGUAAUAUGCCCGACUAUUUCACCUAUUCCAUGCCAGGCUAUGCAAUCAGUUACCAAGCAAGUACCAAUGGAAUCGGGACCAGAAUCCCUCUCGCCUCCAACUGUCCAGCCACUGGCUGUACCGUCACCAUUCCAGCUCCCAUUCCCACUCCAGGCAAGGGAAUCAGAAUCUACGCAAUCCCCAAUUUAUACGUUCCACAAGAUAUGGGUGGUACCUAUGUAUCUAAAGUUAUGCAACUACCAUAUGCACCAAAUGUAACAUCAAUCAAUUUUACUGGUGCUACUGCAGACUCUGUUACAUUUGAUUAUGUUCUGGAUGAUAGUUCAUAUGGAUCAGAGACAACGUAUGUUGUAAAGGUGAAUGGAGUUGAGAGUAGUUCAAAUGCUAGUUGUGUGACUGGCCCAUCGUGUACUAUCGGUGGUCUGGCUGCAGUGGUCGCUGCAUCGGGAUCACCGAAUAUUACGCUCUCGGUGUCUGCUGUUACCAGCUCAUUCAGCUCGCUCAAAGUAUUGAGUGUUAUUACAACCGUGUACCAACCGGUCACCAACAUUCAAAUACCAACGUUGACAGCCACAACAACAAAGUCUGUGUCACUAUCCUAUGCGUUGGUUGGAGGUGACCAAAGAUUCCCAAUCUCUGUAUCGGUCAAAGUCAAUGACCAAGUCAGUAGCAACUGUUCAUCUACCCCCGCCAAUUUCACAACAACAACAUCUUGUUUAAUAAGUGGAUUGACACCAGAUACCACCAACACUAUAUCCUUUACAACUCUUAAUAAUGGGUAUCAGUACACUCAAUCAACUACCAUUAAAACACUCGCUAGUAUCAGCGGUCAAACGUUAACUGUCGUAUCAGCUACAACUAAAACAGUCACUGUUGCAUAUUCGUACAUUGGUGGUGCUCCAAGUGACACGGUUGUAACAUUCACAGUUAAUUCCACAGCUGUUACUUGCGAACCUGUCCAAGCUGGAGGAUCCACAUCACAAUGUACCAUUUCAUCAUUGACUGCUGGUUCCACACAAACCAUUGUUGCAACGUUUACAAAUGAUGGUACCCAAGUCGCCGCUACAACAGUCGCCACCACCUAUCCAUUAGUCGCCAACACCGAUGCUAUUAUCGUUCAACAUAAUUCAUAUUUCAAUGUUAGUUAUAGUUCAACUGGUGGUGUGCCAGGUGCCACUACCUACUCUGCUCUUGUCAAUGGUGCAUCGGUCAAUUUGACAGCUACUCCAGCCGGAUACUUUAUUUACACCUAUGAGAAUGAAAGAUAUCCAUCAGAACAGACCUUUACCAUUAUCAUGAGAGCCAAUAAUGAUGGUUCCUCUUCCCAAAAAACAGUCUCGUUCACCACCUAUGUCGUUCCAAGUGGAUUCUCAACCAACCAAGUAUUCGGUAUCAAUUCAGUCAACAUGACAUGGACAGAGUUGGUAGGUGGACAACCAGACUCUACCUAUUAUGUGGCUACUUUAGGAUUUGAAAGUGGUCCAAAUAUUGUGAUGUGUAAUUCAACUACACAACUCUAUUGUUAUAUUGAUAACUUGGUAUCAGAUGUUGAAUAUCAAUAUGGCUUUUAUGCUUACAAUAGUUUCUUUAAUCCACUAUAUAGUACUGGUGAUUCUCAUACUUAUCCAGAAUUAAACGAGAACUGUAUAGAUAAUUGUAAUGAUAGAGGUCGUUGUAUGAUUGGAAAUUGUGAUUGUAAUCUUAAUCCUCAAUGGGAUGGCCCAUCAUGUGGAAUUAAACUAUCAUCCAAUACCACCAAAUCGAUUGUCCUCACACCAUCAACCACUGACACGGCUAGUAAACCAAUAUUAUCAAUCUCAUUCAACAAUCAAGUUAAAUAUUCAAUUGGAUUAUUGAAAUUGGUUGAAAAGGAUACAGUUAAUAAUAAUAAUAAUACUGAUGUUCGUACUUUGGAUCUAACAACAUUGUCUGGAUGGACAGUGACAGCUGGAAAUAGUCUCACAUUUAGAGGUCAAGGGUUAUCAAUAUUUUUCGGUGCCACUCUUGUCGAUCAAGACAAUGAGGAGGUAUAUUUUGCAGGUCAGAGAUACAAUAAUACUGCCGGAUCGGUAUUGUAUAAUAUUACAAUCUCUGGAUGGACAUUUGCCUCACCAGAUAAUCAAUUUGAGAUUCACACCUCUAUUUCCAAUCCAUCAAUCUGCAACGACACAGUGACCAAUUCAAAAUUUGAGACACCAAAUAAUCUCACUUCUAGUCUGUUAAUUGGUGAUUCAACAGUAUCUGAAGCAUUGCUACAAGGAAAACUAGUACAUGCAUCGAUGAUAGAUACUCUUCCAAACAUCAUCUCUUAUCGAUCAGAAUCAGGAGGAACUGUCAACACCACUACUAUUGUCGCUGUAACACCAUCGUUUAGACAAUCAAUUACCAUUCAACCAUCAUUCCAUAUCAUCAAUAGAAAUCUGACCCAGGAAUGUGCCACUACUGAUCUUGUAUCAUCAGCUACCAAAAAUCUAUCAAAACUUUCACCUAUUUCCAUUAGUAACCAAUUCAACAACAACCAUUCUGGUUAUAAAUAUACCUCUAGAGGGGUGACAAACGACUCUUUCAAUUCAGUUGCGUGUAGUGGCGGUAUCUGUGGAAAUGGAGGUGAUGCUGGUGGAAAUGGUGGAAACGGUGGAUGGUGGUAA